AUGGCCAGCGUUAUCAACUUUGAGCCUAAAUACAUCACAUUCGACUGCUAUGGCACUUUGACCGACUUCAGUAAUAUGACCAAACUGACGCGAGAGAUCUAUGGCGAUCGACUGCAUGGCGAUGAGCUCGAGCGCUUCAUCUCACUUUUUUCCGGCUACCGAUACGACGAAUGUUUGGGCCCAUAUAAACCAUAUCGCGAUGUGCUUGUCAAUGCUGUCAGACGCACGUGUGCAACAACGGGAUUCCCCUUCUCAGAGGAGGAGGCUGAGAAGUUUUACCAUGCAGUCCCGACUUGGGGUCCCCACCCUGAUGUUCCAGAAGGCCUUCGUCGCCUGGCGACCAAGUACAAGCUCGUAAUCCUUUCCAACGCCUCGGAUGACCACAUUAUGCAGAAUGUAGAGAAGCUGGGAGCGCCAUUCCACGCCGUCUUCACGGCACAGCAGACACAGAGCUACAAGCCGAGGAUGCAAGGGUUCGAGUACAUGUUUGACAAACUCGGGUGCACCCCGCAGGACUGCCUCCACGUCUCGGCAAGCUUCAAGCACGACAUUCUGACCGUCGAUGCAAUGGGAAUGAACCACAAGGUUUUUGUCAACAGGAAGGGUACAGCGGAUCCCUCCAGGCCAGAUUACAACUGCUACGAGGUCAGGGAUAUUGGUGAUCUAGCAACCAAGUUGGGACUAUGA